AUGGCUACCACCAUGAACAAGAAGAAGAAGUUUGUGGCGGACGGCGUGUUCUACGCGGAGCUGAACGAGCUGCUGACGCGCGAGCUGGCGGAGGAGGGGUACUCGGGCGUGGAGGUGCGCAACACGCCCAUGCGCGUCGAGAUCAUCAUCCGCGCCACGCGCACGCAGAACGUCCUCGGCGAGAAGGGGCGGCGCAUUCGCGAGUUGACGUCGGUGGUGCAGAAGCGGUUCAAGUUCAAGGAGGGCACGGUGGAGCUCUACGCCGAGAAGGUCGCCAACAAGGGCCUCUGCGCCGUCGCGCAGGCGGAGUCGCUGCGCUACAAGCUGCUCGGUGGGCUCGCCGUGCGCCGCGCGUGCUACGGUGUGCUGCGCUUCAUCAUGGAGAGCAAUGCCAAGGGCUGCGAGGUGAUAGUGAGCGGGAAGCUGCGCGCGCAGAGGGCCAAGGCGAUGAAGUUCAAGGACGGGUACAUGAUCUCGUCCGGUGGGCCCGUGCGCGAGUACAUCGACUCCGCCGUGCGCCACGUCAUGCUGCGCCAGGGAGUGCUGGGCAUCAAGGUGAAAAUCAUGCUUCCUCACGACGCCAGUGGCAAGGCCGGUGUUGUCCGCCCUCUGCCCGACCAGGUUACCAUUCACACGCCCAAGGACGAAGACGAUGCUCUCUUCAAGCCUGUUAUCGGCAAGGAGGCUGAGGCCCUGGCACGACCCAUGAGAGAGAGAAGGAAACUCGCCCCAAACCCGCCUUUCCCUCCUCCCCUCCUCCCCCCCCCCCACCCCCCUUCCUCCUCGCUUCCCCCCCUCCCUCCCCCCGCCCUCCCCACCCCGCCUUCCCACCCCUCCCGAUCCCGCCGUCCCUUUUUCCGCACUCGAAUGUCGGCAUGUGCAGACCUGGAGUGCGACGGCUGCUGCCAUCUGAACCCGCGCCCGGCCAUGUGGAAGCAGGUCACGUGCUUCGGCAGGCUGAGUGAGAAGUGCAACUACCGCAUCGUACCUCUCUCCGGCACCUGCGGGGAGCCAGCAAACGACACCAUCAACUGCAACGUCUGCAACUUCUCCUCUUAG